AUGGUCCAACUCAACACUCUCCUGCUCACCACCCUUGGCCUUGCCCUUCCCGCAGUAGCGCAGAGGGACUUUUGUGCAGCUAUGUCUGGCGAACCUUGGGCUGAGUCAGCAACCGGAUUCAGGUUCCAAUCGACUAGCGCAGGGACUUGGAACUGGUUCUCCCGCGAUCGUGGAACCGAUCUGAAGAUCUACCAAGAUUGCAAUGUUGUACAGAACCGACCCAACAGCCAACGAGCUCUUCGAACAGUGUGCAUCGCUACGUCCAACAACUACCGGUGCUGGGAAGCUCCUGGUCAGAACGAUCCUACUGGAAGUUGCUUCAUCCCUGAUUGUUCCAACAUCCGCAAUGUCUGGGGCUGGUAUGAUUAG